AUGAGUGUAUUGCUUGUUGCAGAACAAAAUAGUGAUCUUUUGUUGAAAAAUCAUAAUCUUAGACCACUGGGUCUUUGGCCACUCAUCAUGAGGCAAAUGCAACAAGUUCUUAUCCACCCGAGGCAAAUUCUACACGAAGAGGUGGACGUGGAAAUUACAAUGGUCGUGGAAGAGGCCGUGGAAAUUAUCGCGGACGAGGCCGAGGACAUGAAGGGACAGUUAUCUGGAAGCCACAAACAAACUCCUUCAAAAGGAAAAGACACAUGUUACAGAUUUGGCAUGACAAGGCAUUGGGGACGUACUUGUCGUAAGGCCAAACAUUUGGUAGACCUUUACCAGGCUUCUGUAAAAGGCAAAGAGAAAAAUGCAGAAGCAAAUUAUGUUAAUGAAGAAAAUGCUCCAUGUCCUACUCUUGAUGUGUAA